AAUGAAUGAAAAUUACAAAAAUGAAGGUAUAGACCAAUUAUCUCAAGUUAUCCAACAAAUUAAAGAAGAACCGGAUAGUAGAAGAAUAAUUAUGUGUUCUUGGAAUGUUAAAGAUGUUCCUCAAAUGGCUUUACCGCCCUGUCAUCUCCUUUGCCAAUUUUAUGUAAAUAAAGGUGAACUUUCUUGUCAACUUUACCAGCGUAGUGGAGAUAUGGGUUUAGGCGUUCCUUUCAAUAUAGCCAGUUAUUCAUUACUUACCCAUAUGAUCGCUCAUGUAACAGGACUUAAAGCGGGUGAAUUUAUUCAUACACUUGGUGAUGCUCAUAUUUAUUCUACACAUUUAGAAGCUUUAAAAACACAAUUACAAAGAAAGCCAAGACCUUUUCCCAAAAUUAGAUUUGAAUUGCCUGAUGGAAAAGAAAUUUUAAAUAUUGAAGACUUUACAGCAGAAAGUAUAAUUAUUGAAGGUUAUAAUCCUUAUGGCUCAAUAAAGAUGCAAAUGGCUCUUUAA